GUUUUUGUCGUUACAAAUACAUACAUAAUACAUUUGCAAUACAUUAUCUGUUAGUUUAGAUAAUGUCAAAGAAUCAUGUGCGAAACGUCUAACAUUAGUAAUCCCUAGGAUCACGUUGUUUUGUUUUGAUUCGGAAUCUUCAAUUUUUCUUACAUUAGUCUUGAAGGUUGUUUAAAUCUCCAUUUUUUAAUUCAGAAUAAGUGAAAUUAUAUUGCUUACUUCAAACAAAUCAAUUCUGCGACCUAUUAUAUAGAUAUAUUAAUACACGUUUUAUUGUACGUGAACGAGUAAAAGUUUAUUGAAUUUUCGUAUAUAUUGAGUAUUAGCUCGAUCAAUGAAACGUUGUUUAUAAUGAAUGUUGUACGAAUUAAUUCAAGAAAUGUGAUUUUUGUUCUUCUGGCGAUUUUAUCGACUACUGUGAAACAGGCUCACAUGGGUUAUGACAGCGUGACGAAUUAUGCAAUGAAAGAGGCAAAUGUAAACUCUACACCAGCAUACAAUAGUAAAAAGGAAGAAAUUGCAAAAUCGUGUCCAAGUGGUAUAGCAUGUUCAGAAUUAAGCGGAGAAUGUUUAAAGUGUAAUUUAAAUCCUAAUUGCGUGUAUGGAGCUAUGUUAAUUGCUAAUUGUUCUGUUUUGGAACACAUUGAUUGUAUUGGCGAACAGUUCUUCCAAAGAAAAUACAUAUGCCGCUAUUGUUAUCAAACAGAGUAUUGGGAACACGAAUGUCAUCAAAAAAAUUCUUGUAGUUCUGUAGCUUCUCCUCGACAGUAUUAUAGAACAAACUGUACAGUAAAUAGUGACAUAUUAUGUUUAGGAAGGCGUAAAUUCAUGAAAAAUUUGUUAUGCAAUUGGACUGUAGGUUACCGUUGGUCUACUGCUCUAAUUUUAAGUAUCACUUUAGGUGGUUUUGGAGCAGAUCGGUUUUAUUUGGGUCAUUGGCAAGAGGGAAUUGGUAAAUUGUUCACUUUCGGAGGAUUGGGAGUAUGGACUCUGAUCGAUGUAAUACUUAUUUCAAUGAGAUAUUUAGGUCCAGCGGAUGGAUCAUUGUACAUUUAGAAUCUAUUGUGCAGAGAUAAAUUGAAAGUCAAGUGUGAAUUCUAUUAAUUAAUUAUAUAUUUAGUAUUUUAUGAGAAGCAAGCAUUUUAUUAUUCUUAAAAGAACUGAAUUGUAAUGUGAUAUGUAUAUAAAAUGUUCAAUAAUUUUUUCUUA